UAUGUCAAUUUCGAGAAUCAAAAUUAUAAUGUAUAUUUAAAACGCUUAGUAAAUUCAAAAUAUGUUAACUAUUAGGUUUAAGUGAAUUUUUGACAAUUUUGUUUUGUUCAAUGCUUAACCCUAAUAGAGUAAAACUGUUAGCUCGUAACGAAGGCAAAAUUAAAUCUUAUGAGUCAUGCUUUGACAUUAGAGCAUGGAGUCAUGAUACUGACACUCGAGUUAGGUACCUCAGGGAUUGGAUAAAGUGUGAUAUGCCGAUUUAUGUAAUUCCUGUUUCCACGGUAACCAGCUCUCUAAGAAUGAUGACUUGGAGACGGCGCGGAAAAGUUACGCCAAAAUGUCACCCGGAUUGUAAAUCUAAAGUAGUUCUUGAUAGCAUCUGCAACUCUUGUCAUGUAAUUAAAAACUGUUUUAAAGACGAAGAAAAUUUUCAAAAAUAUUUCGAGGAGGAGGAAUUCGAAACUACUCACUGGCCUUGCGAACGAUGUUUGGAAGCUCUAAAGAGCAUAAAAAUGUUUUGGAGGAUAAUUUUGGAGAGAGUAUUUAAAGUAAAGUUUCCUAAAGGCACUGAAAGCGAUGGUAGCCAGUAUAGCAAUAACAGUGUCAAAGAUAUCGCUAGAAUAUGGCAACAGGAAGUAGUAGAAGAGGCACUUUUUGUAAAGAGUUUAACGCCUUUCAUAAAAGAACAGCUCAGCCUGAAUUCUUUGGCACCACCCUCAAAACAUAUAAGCAAUGUAACUUUACAAAGAGCAAACAAUAUUACUAAAAAGGAUGCCUCUACAGACACUAAUUUUUCAAUAUAUUGCUGUGAUGUCAGUAAACAAAACUCAGCAUCAUUAUGUAAAAAAAUAAGCAGGUGUACUUCGUUUAAAUUCAAAACUGUUGAUGUCGGGUGUGGUACUAAUGGCAUAAAUAAAGAAGAAAACGUAUUAUAUAAAUACAAUUUAGAUUAUUUACAACAACAAUUUAAUCAACAACACGAUGAAUUGAGACAAUUGAAAAGGGAGAAUGUCUCAUUAAAACUUGAACUGCGUAAUAUGCGUAAUACUGUUGUACCAUCAUACACACCCGUAUUCGUUACUGAUAGUAACGCUGUUCUACCAAAGCCUUAUGAAUGUUAUUUCGAAGAUAUUGACGCUGAACCUGUCAAAGACAUUGAAUCGGAAAUGAUUAUAACUAUGAAAAAAUGUAAAAAUAAGAAUUACAGACACGUAUCAAUGCUGCAAGUACUGCAUAAAACAAAUACCAUAAUAACAAAGGAUACCUUAAUUGAUAAUCACCUCAAGAAAAAUGAGGAUCCCAUUGAAGUUUUAACAAAAGUGCACAAUACAUUUGGUGCUAUUGUAAAAAGAGAGCUUAAAAUAGCAAAUAAAAAGAAAUCUAAUGGAAAAGAUUUUAAUAUUGAUGCUUAUCAUAGAGUAUGUACUAAUAACUAUGAUCCGACUAUAUCUGAAAGGUCAUCACAUUCCAAUAUUUCCGAUGCGAUUUUCGUAUCAACAACAGAUGUUUUAUGAUAAAGAAAACAAUGAAAAUGGUGUAAAUUGAUUUGUGCUUGUAUGUAAUAAACUUAGAUAUGGUCCUAUCGUUUUAAUAUCAUUAGAAGAAUAUCAUGCGAAACGAGACAUAAUUUUCAUCAUAC